ACCUGGCCACACUGAAAUAUUGGAAUAAACAGAAUUUAAGUUUAUUUAUUUAAUGUUUUUAAGCAUGUACAAAGUAUAAAAAUCAAUGAAACCAAUUAUUAUUAGAUAUUUAUGAUUUCACCAUGGAUGAGACGAACAAUAAUAACACGCAGUUAGUGGAAAAAGAGCCGGUAAAAUGCGCUGAAAAACGAGUCAAUACUACCUUAGAGAACCAGGAAACCAAGAGACUGAAGACAGACAACGACCAUCAUGUGGAAGCCGCGUCCCGUCCACCUCCCCAGAGCCCAAAAAAGCGGCUACAACUUAAUGGGAAGCCCAAGCACAGCAAGGAUCUAAACUUUAUGUACGGCAACUAUAAGCACUACUAUGGCAAACGAAUUCUGGAUAAGGAGUUCCACGACAUUCGCCUGGACAUACUGGGCUCCCAGCCGGAGUUGUUUCGCCACAAACAGCUCCUGGACAUCGGCUGCAACUCCGGCCAUCUGUCAAUCCAGAUAGCACGGAAGUUCGAAGUAAAAAGCCUCGUGGGCCUGGACAUAGAUCGCAGUCUGGUCAAGGACGCACAGACCACCAUUAACCAGCUGAAGCGCCAGGCCGAACCUGGGUCUGGCCAGGGAUUCCCCCACAACAUACGUUUCGUGCAGGGGAACUAUGUGCUAGAGGACGACAUACUGUUGGAGAUCGAGCGACCGCAGUUCGAUGUUAUACUCUGCCUGUCGGUCACCAAGUGGAUCCACCUCAACUUCUGUGAUGCCGGCCUGAAGCAGGCUUUCCGCCGCAUGUACCAGCAGCUGCGCCCUGGAGGCAAGCUAAUCCUGGAGCCCCAGUCCUUUGAUGGCUACAAGCGACGCAAGAAACUAUCGGAACAAAUUAGGGAAAACUACAAUUCCAUUAAAUUCCGCCCUGAAGAAUUCACCGAAUAUCUAUUGAGCUCAGAAGUAGGCUUUGCCAACAUGGAACUCAUGGGCACUCCCGACCACUGCGAGGCCGGAUUCAAGCGUCCCAUUCAGAUCUUCACCAAAACGUGAAGAUUUCGUGAUAAAGGAGAAAGGGAAUUUAGCUGUGAUUUGUUGGUCAAAUAUACAAACUUUAAUAAAUAUGAAAACAGA